AUGACGUAUGGCUGCUGCCCUGAUGGAGUGACAUCAGCGAGGGCGUAUGGCCAGGCUGGUUGCUCGACAUUUCCGACCGACAGUUCUAAUAACGAUGACCAGCAGCUUUUUGAGUCACAGGUUCGAGACAAUCCAUCGGGUGAAUGUCGGAGCUCCAUGUUUGGUUGUUGUCACGAUGAAUUGACCCCUGCCUUAGGCCCGAGUGGAGAAGGUUGUAGGAGUGGUCCCAGACACCUUUAUCCAGCUCCAUGCUUGCUGCUGAGCGCCGAGGGGCCCUGCUCUGACUGGGCAGUCCGAUGGUUCUUCAUCCCAGAGGCAGGCCUCUGUAACCGCUUCUGGUAUGGGGGCUGCCAUGGCAACCUGAACAACUUUGAGACGGAGGAGGAGUGUGAGCGUCGUUGUAGGCGGUCGGGUGGCAUGAACAGGCCUGAUGAAAGGACUCCCUGGUGGUCCCCGCACCCAGGACGACAGUCUGAAUCCUCCCUGCUUCCUACAAGGGCUCCAAAUAGAGGCUCAGUCCAACUGCAGCCAGAGCGUCCCAUUUACAGGUUAAGUAUCGAAAGGUCGGAUCCUUCUUCAGUGAGUGCCCGGCCAGGACAAACUGUGAGGUUGCUGUGUAGGGUUGAUGCAUUUCCAACUCCUCGUAUCGAGUGGUACAAAGAUGGGAGACUGCCCUUUUCACUAAGACACAGACAGCAGCCCGAUGGAUCAUUGCAAAUCAGCUGGGUCCGGGAACAAGAUGCCGGAUUGUACACGUGUCGAGCAUCAAACGCUCACGGUCAGGCGUCCCGUCCGGUUCAGCUGAACAUUCAAGCUGCUGCUCACGUCUGGCCUAGCAUGUCUGUGAUCGAAGCCCAGGUUGGUUUCUCAGCCCAGUUACCAUGCCUGGCUGAAGGAUGGCCAAGAUCCCAGAUGUUCUGGGAGAGAGAUGGUACCCGCAUUGGACCGGAGGCACAGCCCCGGCUCACUCAGCUGGAUGACCAGUCUUUACGCUUUACCUCAGUAACACCCAGCGACGCAGGGGAAUACGUCUGUGUCGCCCACAAUACCGCGGGACAGCUGCAAAGGAUGGUGGUGGAACUUAAGGUCAAAGGUUUUUAACGACAGUCAACUUUGCAUUUCCAAGGCUGGUCAAAGUGCGGAGAGAUAGUUGUAAGCUCGCGUUGUCACUGUGUGAGAAUGCUGUAUCCAGAGCAAGGCCAGGCCAGGCCAGGCCUUUCUCCCUCAGACUCCCACCACUUGCAUUGGCAUGGUCUCCGAGGGCCCCACUCCAAAGACUGAGGCUAACUUUCCCAUAAGUACACAUAGAGAGAGAGAGAGAGUGUCCUUGUAGACGUUUCUGUAGCGACUUUCAUAGAAUCUACACUGUGGAAACCCUCGGAAAGGCAUCCCACCCAGACACAUUCCCCUACCCUAUUGCUCUACAUUUCCCUUGCCUAACACACCUAGCCUACACAUC